CAAGCCUGCUCCAGCUCUCCGUGAAGAACGGGGGGCUCCUGUUGGUCGCCUGCUUUUUGGUGCGCGGCGGCGCGUGGGCGGUCAGACUCAUUGCCAUGCCGGCUUCUUUGGUGAGCGUGUAUGGGGAGGAGCUGUUGUGGACAGACCAGGUGGAGUGCGAGAAGGGCGAGGACGGGCUAUGGAAGGUCGCGGCGCAGGAGAGCCAGGCUGUCGACGGGUGCGAGGCCCUGUGCCUGCUCAACGAGCCCAGGCUGCGGCACUGCAAGUACGAGGUGCCCCACUACGUGACGGAGGGCUACUACUACGACGAUGGCCCCCCGUCCUUGGACCAAAUUGUCGAGGCCUGCCGCCUCAUCGACGAGAAGCUUCAGGUCCACAAAAAGGUUGCGGUCAUCGCGCCGGUGGGUCAGCAGUUUGACUCGCACCGGGCUUUCUCUGCCCUCUGCACCUUUGCCUACCCGCUCCUAAUGAGGGCGAGCUGAAAUUGGACCUGCCCGUUUCUGGCGGCUUCAGGCCGCACUCGUGGGCUUCGGUGCGGCGCCCGCCCCCACGGGGGCAGCUGUCCGUGGAGGCGUGUUUGAAGGCGUUGGAUUUGGCGUUGAGGCAGAAGUGGCUGGACGUGAGCUCCUUCAGCGCCAAGGAGGCCGUGGAGUUGUGCGCGAAGUGGGAUUCCACCUGGGUGGUGCCGGGGCAGAUCCUGCUGAUGGCCGACCCUGUGACCACGGUGCUGGACCCGGACCCGGCCACCUGCAGCCACUUGGUGCCGCCAUCGUCUCCCAACUUCUUCGAGUUCUUCGAGGCCAACGCCGUGAAGACUUUGGUCCGCCUCAACAAGGACAACGAGUCAGGCCUCGCCAAGAGCUACGACGAGCAGAAGUUCACCGACCUGGGGAUGAAGCAUGUGCAAGCAGCCUACGAUGAUACCAAGGGCGGUGUCCCCGAGAAGGACCUUCUUCGAGGGGUAUCUUCCGGCUGCUCGAGCGGGGGGGCCACGGCCUUCCAUUGCAAGGCCGGCUUCGGGCGAUCUGGCGUGUGCGCGGCCGUUCUGGCCAUCCACAGGUACGAUGUGCCCGGCGAGUUGCUGCUGCCCUGGCUGCGGAUGUGCCGCCCGGGCACCAUCACCACGCUGCAGCAGGCCAAGUUCCUGUCCGGGUUGAAAGAUAAGGAGAGCCUGGAGAAGUAUAUGUCCACGGCGGAUGACAAAUGCUGCACGAUCUCCUGAUGCUGCAAGGGGCAUUGCGUCAUGGGAUGCGCAGCGUUAUUGUUUUUUGGCUAAGAUGCAAAGGUGUCACUGGCAGUAAUUAGCUACCGCGCGUCGGUCCCGCAAAGCUGCAACCCUUUUCCACAACCGGCCGGGAAUGCCAACGGCAGAUCGCCCCGUGCUGCUUGAGGGUCUGCGGUAGGUUCGCGUGCAGUCUUCCUGAUGGCUAUUCAGGAAAGGUAUUAGGACUCCCUGCCUCCAGGAAAGGUCUGAGA